ACAACAUGUUGUGGGCUUUUGUACAUAGAUGUAGAGCGUUAUGGCGACCCUCGACGUUAAAUUUACGAAAUUCGACAACCGGCCAUGGGGCUUUCGUCUGGCGGGAGGCAGCGACUUCCCGCAACCCCUUACCGUCAUUAGGGUAACCGAGGGAGGUCUCGCAGAAUGCAUGGGCUUGAAGGUUGGCGACAUUAUCGUCAAGCUCAACGAUCAGCCGGUCGACGAGUUGACCCACGGACAAGCCCACGAGGCGCUCACCCUCGCUGGGAACAACUUUGUUUUUGGAGUCCGAAGAACAGAAGAUCCCGGCAAAUCGGUCGAGGGGUUUGAGGAAAAGAUCGAGCCGUAUAUGCUCCCUAUCGAAGAGAUACUAUUCGCUCCGAUCGAAGAAAAUAGAGAGUCGAGCACCCCGGACCAAGUGUCCCAGAUCCAGGAGGACGAGGAGGAGGAGCCCGAGCCGAGGGAGCCCGUAGAGGAGUACCCCGAAAAGCCGCGAGACGAGAACAGCGACAUCGUACCAAACACCAAACUCACCGACGAGGAGAUAGCCCUGUUGAUCCUCGACCAGGAGGAGGUCCUCACCGACAAGGGAGUCCUAGGCGUGAACUUCAAAAAGCUACGUCCCCGCGCGCCCCUCCUCAAGGAGUCCAAGGUAUUCCAAGAACUCGUCAAGGAGACCGAGCAAGCCCCGGUCCAGGAGCCCAAGCACCAGACCACCUUCCUGCAGAAGCCCGACCGGCCCGUGCCCUCCGCCAAUCGCUCCCGCGCCCAAUCCGAGGAGUCCAAGCAGCCGGAGCAACCCGAGCCUUACCGCGUGGUCAUCAAAAAGCAACCCAAGAAGAGCGUAGCCGAGCGCCUCGUCGAAAAGGGCCUGCUCGAACCAUCGCGCGUCAAAACCCCGGAGCCAACACCGGCACCUCGAGCGCCCGAGGUAAUUGACGAGCCCGAAUCCAGUCCCCCCGACUCCCCCACCCACGAGUCCGACUCUUCCGAGACCCUCCUGCUACUCGACUCGCCGUCGUCGUCCCUGUCCUCCCUGUCCGUGCCCCUGUCCUCCGAGUUGUCGGUCUCCGACUGGGAGUACCAGCCCGAGCCCCUGCCCGCGUUCGAACUCGCCGCCCCACCCCGAGGCACCUGGACCCUCACCUCCUACGUCACCGAAGUCAUACUCGCUGCAACAAACGAGCCGCAAAUGCUGCCCAUCAACGAGUCGAUAAUGGAAGAGUCCCUGUACGAGGUGCCAGCCAAUAAGCCGCCGAGCAACAAGAGGACGAGACUGUGCCGCAGGGGCAGGUACGCCAAGCGCUGCCUGGACCGCGCCCUGGAGAGCCUCAAGAGCCCUGCCCGCGCCGGGCCCACCACCAAGCCGCGGCUGCUGCGUCGCGGCCACUACUUCGAGCGAAUCGUCGGGCGCGUCAAGCAAUCCCUGGGUGGGAGACAGGAGCCGAGCGACGAGAGCUUCCUGCGGGUGCUGAUGCUCGCCUCGUUGGCCAACAGCUUGCGCGACACCUACGACGCGGAGAUACUCCACCGGGGCUCGAGCAGGCGCAACUCGAGGCGGCUGUCGGCCUCGUUGGCUUGCAGGCGCGACUCCAACGCGAGCGUUUGGCCGAUCGAGAACGGAUUUUACGCGUACAAGCCGGGCAGCGUGUACAAGGAGGCGGACGGGGCAGGGUUUUCGAGGCGUUGCGCCGAGGGUAGGCGCCGGUUGUCCGUCAUGUCGAUGCUGGUCGCCGACAAGGUUGGCUCGGCCAUGCGCUCCGACGUGGCCAGGGGUGUGGCUUACGCCCUCGUCCCCUGCGCCUCGGCGCUCGCCUUUUUCAUGUACAACUACGUCAAGCGGAUCAACGAGCUCGCCGAGGAGGCACCACCACCAGCCACCGGGAGCAUCGGAGGGGAGGAACCGGCCCAGGAGAUGAGGGUAGGGUCGACGGGGCCAAGGGGGCCGUCGAAGGCCGAGGUCGACGUGGAGGUCGCGGUGACGAUGGACCGGGACAAGAUCAAGGAGCUGGUUACCACGGAGAUCAGCCUGGAGCGGCAGCUCGAGAGCGUCCAGAGCCAGUUGCUGGCCCUCAAGCAGCUGCCCAGCGAGAUCGAGAAGCACUUGAGGAUCGUGUCGGAGCAGCUGCACAAGAUCAUGGAGCUGAGCGGCGUGGAGCAGCAGGAGAAGGCCAAGGCCGAAGCAGAGGAAGCGGCCCAGCAGGAGGGCAAGGAACAGGAGAGCGAGAGUCAGCCGAAGGAGGCCGAGGAGCAGCAGGGAUUGUCGGCAAUGGAGGACGAUCGGCACUCGUUGAGUUCGCGGGACGACUCGUCGAGCUGGGCGCCCCACUUGAUGUCCGAGGAGGAGACCUGGACCGAGUCGAAGGAGCUCGAGAUAUCGGUCAAGAGCAGCGAGGACGACGGACCGAGGGUCAAAAAGUACAUCGUCUCGUACGAGUCGAAGGUGCUGCAGGAGUCGGAGGCGCUCGGAAGAUCGAGGGAGUCCAGUCCGGCUAUCUCGAAGACGAGUUUCGAACCAGAUCCAAAUUUAAGUUUACAAGAACAACUGGUGCAAGAACUUCAGCACAGGAAAGAGAGAAAGCGGCCGCGCGAAUUGCUCUGGCAGCCCCAGGCUAGGCAGCUCGAGCUCACCUACGGUAGACGCUGGAGGUGUCCGAACGACUUCUUCAACGACGAGAUGAUUGCCGAUGCCCUGUCCUCGCAGGCAGAAGUCAUCCGUGGCAAAGCGAUGGGGGUGAACUUCAAGAAAUUCGAGAAAAAGGCCCUGCCGAAUUUCGACCACCUGCAGAACUCGAGCGUCUACAGGAUGAUCCACAAGAUAGAGGCCGAGCCGAAAAAAGGAAUUCCAGCCCGGCCGCCAAAGGUCAUAGCGGCCGAGGACAUUAUCGAGAGGGUGAACACGCCCAUGUGCUGCAUGGCGGACGACUCGAGUGUGAGGAGCAUCAGCCACUGACCGGAGCACCUCGCCAUCGUCCCACGCGCGCAAUCAACGGGAAGGAACAAUCGAUUUUGGAACUCGUGCUCGCUCCAUCUGCCGAUCAAC